AUGGAUAACUCUCCCUACCCCACGAAUGGUAUAAACGGAACCUCGAACCCUCACAGCUACCCUUCGCCAGCGUCCUUCUCGCCUCAUCAGGGUCAGCCAGGUUCCCCUCUGCCUCAGACGUUGCCGCCGUUGCAGCCAUCCACCACCACCAUGCAGCCCCUAUACGGUAGCAACCCGCACACCCCGCGCACCGGGACGCCUAACACGCCAAACUCUGCGCACAACCUGCCUCCAAGCUACCCUCAGAGCACCCAGGCCGGCGCCCGCACCGGCAUGUACUCGAUGGCUCAGAAUCCCUACCCGCCGCACACUGGCUACGGCACCUCGCAGCCCAUGAUGCCCGGCGCCACCACCGCUGCCUCUCACCCGCAGCCCAUUGCGCCUGCGCCGCCUGGUGGUAACCGCGGCCCUCCUGUUCUGCGUCCCAUGCCUCCUGGCGGCCUCAUGGGCCAGAACCCCGUGGGCUCGCCUUACGGCCCCGGCUCUCUCAUGCCUGGCAAUGGCGUUCUCACCGAGAACGAGCAACCCACCCACGUUGUUGGCUCCCAGGGCCGCAGAGGAAUUCUGCCCAGCGCGCCUGGACGUCCUGCUGCUCCCGCCGCCGGCACCUCGGCCGCAAAGAACACGGUUAUCCCGGUGAAGGAUGCGGACGGAAAGUUCCCGUGCCCUCAUUGCACCAAGACCUACCUCCACGCCAAGCACUUGAAGCGUCAUCUCCUGCGCCACACCGGUGACCGUCCGUACAUGUGCGUUCUCUGCCGCGACACCUUUUCUCGCAGUGAUAUUCUCAAGCGCCACUUCCAGAAGUGCUCCAUCCGUCGCGGUAACCCGACCGGAGCCUCGCACCUUUCCCAUCCUCAGGCGCAUGUCAAGAAGAAUGCCCAGGCUCAGAAGGCUGCUGGUAUGCCCGAGGGCGACAUGGGCCAGAUGAAUGGUAUGCCGGGUGAUGGCAUGGUUCAUCCUUUCGGCAUGGUUCCUGUACAGGAUGGCAUGAAUGGCAUGCCUGGCGACCACCAACACCAGCUCUCCCGCUCCUCUAGCAUGGGACGUAUGGACAACCCCGCUAACGGCGAUCGUCGUGGCAUGGCUCCUCCUGUCAUGGGUGGUUCUCAGCCUUAUGGAGGCGAUGUCAACCCCAUGAAUGGACAGAGCAUGCACGGCUACAAUGUCCCUCCCGGCCAGAGUGGCAUGCCCAUGUAUGGCUCCUCCAAUAACGCCCCUCAGUCCAGCCUUGACUGGGCUCAGAUGUUCCCUCCCGGCGCCGGCGCGCAAAACCGCUCUUAA